GUCAUACGUCUCAUCCUCCUUAAUUGAAACAGAGAAAACAGAGCAAAAGAACCAAUGGAGCUCAGUUGCAGAACUAUCCUCUACUUCAUUUCUCUACUAUUAUUGUUCCUCUCAUCAUCAUCAUCAACAGCAUCAUCGUCGUCGUCGUCAAUUAUAUCAAGAUUUCAAGAGUACCUCCAAAUCAACACAGCCCAGCCGAGCCCCCAGUACGCUGAAUCGGCCGAUUUCAUCCUCUCCCAAGCCAAGUCCAUCGCGCUUGAGGCGCAGACCCUGGAGUUCGUGGAGGGCAAGCCUCUGAUCCUCCUCAAAUGGCCCGGCUCCGAUCCCAGCCUCCCCACAAUCCUUCUCAACUCCCACACCGACGUUGUUGCCGCCGAGCACGACAAGUGGUCGCACCAUCCCUUCAGUGCCCACCUCGACCAGCACGGCAACAUCUACGCCAGAGGGUCCCAGGACAUGAAGUGCGUUGGCAUCCAGUACCUCGAGGCCAUUCGCAAGUUGAAGGCUUCUGGGUUCCAGCCCCUUCGCUCUGUCUACCUGUCCUUUGUGCCGGACGAGGAGAUUGGCGGCCACGAUGGUGCCGGGAAGUUCGUGGAUUCCGAUGUUUUCAAGAGUCUGAAUGUGGGCAUUUUACUCGACGAAGGGUUGGCUUCGACUAGUGAGAAGUACAGGGCGUUUUAUGCGGAAAGGGGUCCGUGGUGGCUGGUGAUUAAGGCUACUGGGCAGCCAGGCCAUGGGUCGAGGUUGUAUGACAAUUCUGCCAUGGAGAAUCUGUUGAAAAGCAUUGAGAGUGUGAGGAGGUUUCGAGCUUCGCAGUUGGAUUUGGUGAAGGCAGGUUUAAAGGCUGAGGGCGAGGUUGUUUCGGUGAAUAUGGUGUUCUUGAAGGCGGGCACGCCGACUCCAACUGGUUUCGUCAUGAAUGUGCAGCCAUCUGAAGCACAAGCAGGUUUUGAUAUUCGAGUGCCACCAACUGCCGAUCCAGAAUCUCUGGAGAGACGGAUCACUGAAGAAUGGGCACCUGCUUCACGUAAUAUGACAUUUGAGCUUGGGCAGUUUAAGCAGAAGGCUUCUGUGCGUGAUAAGUUUGGGAAGCCAAUGCUCACCGCGACUGACAGUUCUAACCCCUGGUGGACCUUACUAAAUGAAGCUGUCAGAAAAGCUAAUGGCAAACUUGGUAAGCCAGAAAUCUUUCCCGCCGCAACAGAUGCUCGCUACUACCGCGAACUUGGCUUGCCAGCAAUCGGCUUCUCUCCUAUGGCAAACACUCCUAUUCUCCUCCAUGAUCAUAAUGAGUUUCUAAACCAAGAUGAGUACUUGAAAGGAAUUGAUGUCUAUGUGUCAAUAAUCAAAGCUUAUGCAUCUUAUGUUGAACAUACAAGAAAGGAGGGCUCCAGAGAUGAGUUAUAAGGGAGCAGGGCCGAUACUCUCAAUCUCAAGUCAAACGUGCCUGAUAUCAGUUUCAGUCUCAUUAUUGUAUAAUAGUGAUGUAUCAAUAAGCAGGGCAACAGUCCCCAAAAGGUAGCUCAAUUGGUUGGCGUCUACGCUUUAUAAAGUGAAGGUCACUAGUUCAAAUCUCUACCCCUCCCCUUAUGCGAACAUGUCAAAAUAAUAAUAAUAAUAAUAAGCAGGGCAGUAGGACGUUUGACUACUA